GCAGCGUGACCACGCCCAGGCCUGUGCUGGGACCCGGCGUCCACACCGUAACGUACAGCCUUUUCGGAAAAGGUCCAAGUGCGGCCAAGAUAGUGACCUUUGGCUUUUGCACCCAACCAGAUGAUUUGCCUUCAGGCUCCGAGCCUUCAAAGCACUUCACUUGAUCUUUUAUCUGUAUUGAUCCAGACUCUUCAGUUCAGCAGAAAGCUUAGAAGACAGCUUUGACUAAAGAUGACUUCCUUGUUUACUCAAGAAAUUCACCUUUCUAAAAGACAUGAAGAAAUAGUAUCACAAAGAUUAAUGUUACUUCAACAAAUGAAGAAUAAAUUUCUAGAUGAAAACAAGGAAAAGGCAUCUCAGAUACAAGCAGCUGAGAUUGCUUUUAAAAGGAACCUUAGUCUUUUAGAGGAUAUAGAGGCAGCAGAAAAAUCUCUACAGACCCGGAGUCACAAAAUUCCAUCACCAGAAGUGGUUUCUCUUGAGACUCUUUACUGGGCAUCAGUAGAAGAAUAUAUUCCCAAAUGGGAACAGUUUCUUUUAGGAAGAGCACCAUAUCCGAUCGGUGUUGAAAAUGAAAAUGAAGCAGAAAAUACCACUUGAAAUGAGGCGCAGUGAUAACUUCUUCACAUACUCUUUCAAAAGAACCUGUUUAGCACAGCUGAAUAUUAAAGAAUAUACAGAUCAUUUCAGGAACCUUAGGAGUCGAGUACAUUCACACUGUCCCCUUACGUCCUCAACGACGUCGAGAUCUGACCAUCUGCUGACAAGCCUCAGGUUAUUAUUCUGAGACCUACUACUACUUCCAGGCCAAGAAUUUGCUUUCUGCUAAACCCAUGGAAGUGUUAGUGUUAAAAGCUAAUACCGAAAGGCGGACUGUUUAUUAAAUAAGUUGCUAUGUAA